AUGGAGAGCCUGGACUACGACAACUCUGCCUGGCUGGACGAGGAGCGCACGCAGGGCUACAUGUUUGUGGUGAAGAAGGACGCGGCGCGCUGGCUGGUGGUGCUGCUCACGGUUCUUGUUGUGUGUGGGAUUGACAUUGCCAUCAAGUCACUCUCCAAAUGCAAAUACUCCUGGCUCCAGAUGUACAGUGACUGCGGGGUGCAGCAGGAGGCGCUAACUCUCCCCUACCCGCUGUUUGUCGCGCUGAACAUUGGCCCGGCGCUUGUGGCUGCCUUCCUCGGCUCUUAUGUGGAGCCCGUGGCUGCUGGCAGUGGCAUCCCGCAGGUCAAGUGUUACCUGAAUGGCGCCAAGGUGUCCCGCGUGGUGAGGAUCAAGACCCUGAUGAGCAAGGCCGUGGGGGUGACCUUCUCUGUGCUGGGAGGCCGGGCCAUGGGAGAGGUCAGGUCGUGGGCAAGGUCUGUGGCCGUGACCACCAAGAUGCUGCUGCCCACGGUGCUGGCCAUGGCCAAGGGCAGGGUGGCCAGGACUACAGAUGAUGGGCCACUCCUAGACAAAGAGGACCUGGACACACUGUUCUGCGGCACCAGCAGCAGCAGCCUGCACAUCCAUGGCCUGCAGGAGGAGGACGAGGGGACGUACAGGUGCCGGGCGGAGAACAGGGAGGACUCGCUCGACGCCGUGGCCCACAUACAGGUCCAAGUUGCUCCGAGGUUUCUGAGGCAGCCGGCCAACGCUCUCGCCUAUGAGAAGGAGAACGUGGAGCUGGAGUGCAGCGUGUACGGCCAGCCAGAGCCCUCGCUCCACUGGCUCAAGAACGGCGAGCUGCUGGUGGAGACGGAAUACCUUCAGAGAACGCGUCCAGAACGUGAGUGCAGCUCCUCCAGCGAGGGACGGGAUGAAUACAAGACCCAGAUCAGCGACCUAAGUCCCGGGAGUAACUACAUGGUGCGGGUGGCGGCCCACACCUCCGGCGGCCUGGUGGGCGCCUCCAUACACGAGGUGCGGUGUUCACCAAGCCGGACCUGGACCUGCCCUCCGCCUCAGAGUCUGAAAGUUGUCUCCACCUCACCCACCAGUCUGGAGGCCACUUGGUCGCCGCCCGUACUGGCCAAAACGCCCAUCACGGGAUACACCAUGUUCUAUACGCAGUUUUCUCCUCAGGUUGGGUCAGCAGAAGAACACGAAGUAAAGGUCACUGGUACGUCACAUGACCUCCAAGGCCUGGACCAGUUCACUGAGCACAGCGUGUGGCUCACCGCCGUCAACAGUAAUGGCGGGGGAGACGCCACCCUGGAGGUCACUGCCAGAACCUUCUCAGACGUGCCCUCAAAGGAGCCUCAGAAUGUGAGCGUUGAGGCUGCCAGCUCAAGGGUGAGUUGUGGAAGGCUUCCAAGGCAAAGAUACAUUGUGAAACUCGUUUUUAAAUAGCUUUCUGCUCUGUUCGUUUCCUUCACAUCAUCUCUACAAGUUGCACAUUCAUUGUUUCAGUAUUUUUAACCCUUGCACAUUCAUUAUAUUUGACCCGUCUGCUGCGAUUGGCACGGAUUUGGCCUUCACUGGUAGCCUGAA